AGUGGCCUGCUACAGCAACAACAACAGCAACAGACGUCAUGCCUCAACCUGGCUUCUCUGCUAGCCCUGCAAGAGAGCGAGUACUUUCAGGUGGCCAGAUCUGACCCCAACUUCUACACAGCUGCAACAUUACAGAAGCAACAACAGCAGAAGCACCCGAACCAGAUAAUGCGCACUGGCGAGGGUGAGGAUACUCAUGCGGUCUCGGGAAGUGCAGUGGUAGGUGGUGCGGGCAAGCACCGACGUGCCCGGACAGCAUUCACCUACGGUCAACUGGUUGCCUUGGAAAGCAAAUUCAAGACCACUCGGUACCUCUCUGUGUGCGAAAGAAUGAAUAUGGCGCUUUCUCUCAACUUAACGGAAACUCAGGUGAAAAUAUGGUUCCAAAAUCGAAGAACCAAAUGGAAGAAAGAAAAUCCCUCAGAACAGCACCAUCAGACGUCACUAAACUCCCGCAAACAGAUCAACACUCAGGAGCAGCCAAUACUUCCUGGCGGCCUUUGCAGCAACCAUUCAGAGGCAAGUGAUAUGAGCCCACCUAACUCUAGCAUCACCGAGUCACCGCCGGCUAGGGAUCAAAGGGAAGACAGCACAAAUGCGGUACUGUUGGCCUAUGUAUUCAAUCAGUUGAGAAACUCUCUUCACAAGGACAAAAACUCCACUGCAGAUGGCAUACUGCAGGCAUUUGCAACCAAUGUCACCACUACGACCAGCCGAUCGUCCAAAAGUGAAAGUGAUCAAGUGGGAUUGGAUACCGGGAGUUGA